AAGAAGAAGAUGGAGAUAGAAGAGCUAGAAUGCGCAUCUAUGAACGAUGCUCUCCAGACCAGGGCAAGGCUCUGGGAAGGGGUUUUAAUGUAUGGGUAGGGACGUCCCAAGGAUCCCGAAUUGCACUGACCAAGCAAGAAUCAGGCUGCUGUUUGCUGCUGCAUUGACAACUGAAAAGCAUCGUGUCAAAUGGACCAAUGCAGCUGCAAUGGAAAUAUUGGGAUAAUCUCCAGUAGCUAUCUGUCUCGGCUACAAAGCUGUCUUCAGAUGUACUCGCACCCCGGAAGUCAUCUUUAAUCUUCAAGGAUCAAAUGGAAAAAGCCAAGGACAAGACUGAGGUGUAAAUGUAUGGGCAUCAGAGAGCCCAGUAUGAAGAAGACAGGCAGGCCAGUGGGGACUAAGGCUCAGAGUGGAGAGAGGGGGAAGACUGAAGGCACUGCUACAGGAGCCACCGGCAAGGCUGCAGCCAAGACCACCACGACAGCACCACUGUCAAAGGUUAAAAGCAAUGAUGAUCUGCUAGCAGCAAUGGCAGGGGGCACUCCAGCUACGAACCGCACUGUGACCAAGAAUAAGAGGACUGCCUCCACGGGGACCAGCAAUGGGAACCCAGACAGUAAACCAAAGACUAGCACAGGUUCCUCAGCCAAACGUGUGACGUCCUCGACCUCCAAGGAGCCCAACUCAUCAAGGGAUCGUCUGCGGACAUCCAGAACAUUGCCUAGUAAGAAGCAGUCAUCAGGGGCAGGGCAGGGAGAUGUGGCCCAGGGAAAGCGCUCUCGCAGCCAGCAGCUAGCAGAGUCAGAGGGCCGCAUGAACAAGUCUAAAUCAGACAGCCAGAUCAGUGACAAGGUGGCCCUGGAGGCCAAGGUGGAGGACCUGCUGGGUUUGGCCAAGAACAAAGACGUGGAGAUCCUGCACCUGCGCAGCGAGCUGAGAGACAUGAGGGCUCAGCUGGGCCUGGGACGGGAAGAGGUGCCCCCAGAGGAGGGAGAAGGCGGAAGGGGGGAUGAGAAGCCCCUAGAGAGGGAGGUGUCUGCCAUCACAGCAGCGGACGUGGAGUCCACGCUGCUCCUCCUGCAGGAGCAGAACCAUGCCAUCCGUGAGGAACUGAACCUGUUGAAGAGUGAGAACCGCAUGCUGAAGGACCGACUCAAUGCUCUUGGCUUCUCCCUGGAGCAGAGGCUGGAUGGCUCUGACAAGCUCUUUAACUACGCCUCCCUGAGCCCAGACCUGGCAGCCAGCAGCGGACACAGCGAUGUCAGGUGCACUGGUACCCUCACUUCCUCUGUGGAGGGCUCUGCCCCGGGCUCCCUGGAGGACCUGCUGACGGCCCAACAGCACGGUGGUUCAUUGGACAACUUGGACAGUGAGUCCAGCGAGGUCUACCAGGGUGUCACAUCCAGCGACGAUGCCCUGGACGCCCCCUCCGGAGCCUCCUCCUCCUCCGAGUCUGAGAGCCUGCCCAGCCGAGAGCGCUCGCGCCGGGGCAGCAGCGGCAACGCCAGCGAGGUGUCUGUGGCCUGCCUGACAGAGCGAAUACACCAAAUGGAGGAGAACCAGCACAGCACGGCCGAGGAGCUGCAGGCCACACUACAGGAGCUGGCUGACCUGCAGCAGAUCACCCAGGAGCUGAAUGGAGAGAACGAGAGGCUAGGGGAGGAGAAGGUAAUCCUCAUGGACUCUCUGUGUCAGCAGAGCGACAAGCUGGAGCACUACGGCCGGCAGAUUGAGUACUUCCGCUCUCUGCUGGACGAUCACCACGUGUCCUACGUCCUGGAGGAGGACAUCAAGAGCGGCCGCUACAUGGAGCUGGAGCAGCGCUACGUCGACCUGGCUGACAACGCCCGCUUCGAGAGGGAGCAGCUACUGGGGGUGCAGCAGCACCUCAGCAACACACUGAAGAUGGCUGAGCAGGACAACGCCGAGGCCCAGGAGGUGAUUGGUACUCUGAAGGAGAGAAACCACCACAUGGAGCGCAUCAUGGAGUCAGAGAGGCAGGACCGGGGGGCCAUGGUGGCAGCGCUGGAGGAGUACAAGGCAGCGGUGAGCAGUGACCAGGUAGAGCUGAGCCGCUGCAGGGCCCAGCUGGACCAGGAGAGGCAGAAGGUGGCUGAGCUCUACUCAAUCCACAACUCUGGAGACAAGAGUGACAUCUGCCAGCUGCUGGAGGGUGUUCGGCUGGACAAGGAGGAGGCAGAGGGCAGGGCUGCCAAACUGCAGGAGGAUCUGGGCCACGCCUGCAGUGAUGUCACCAGGCUGCAGGACACCCUCAAUAAGCUGGAUGGGGAGUACCAGGACUUCCAGGAGCAGGUGCAGAAGCAGAUGGCUGAGCAGAAGCGUGGGCUGGAGAAACAGCGCAGUGAGCUGCUGGAGAAGGAGACUGAGAUCGGGGACAUGAAGGAGACCAUAUUUGAGCUGGAAGAUGAGGUGGAGCAGCACCGAGCCGUCAAACUCCACGACAACCUCAUAAUCACAGACCUGGAGAACUCUGUGCAAAAACUACAGGACCAGAAGCAUGACAUGGAGCGGGAGAUUAAGAUUCUCCACCGGAGGCUGAGGGAAGAGUCGGCAGAGUGGCGUCAGUUCCAGGCUGAUCUACAGACGGCCGUGGUCAUCGCUAAUGACAUCAAGUCGGAAGCACAGGAGGAGAUUGGGGAUAUGCGUCACCGUCUCCGCGAGGCCCAGGAGAAGAACGAGAAGCUGGGCAAGGAGCUGGAGGAUGUCAAGAACCGCAAGCAGGAUGAGGAGAGGGGAAGGGUGUAUAACUACAUGAAUGCAGUGGAGAGGGAUCUGGCUGCACUGAGGCAGGGUAUGGGCCUGAGCCGUCGCUCCUCUACCUCCUCAGAGCCCUCUCCCACCGUCAAAACCCUCAUCAAGAGCUUCGACAAUGCCUCCUCACAAGGUACCCCAACCUGCGAGUGCCUAGUCCCCCUGACCGCUGCCCCUGCUGCUCCCACAGCACCUGCUGCCACAUUACCACGCACUCCCCUGAGUCCCAGCCCCAUGAAGACCCCUCCUGCAGCCGCCAUCACACCCAUACAGAGACACUCCAUAACUGGGUCCAUCUCAGCAGCCAAACCCCUCUCCUCUCUGAAUGACAAAAGGCCCAGCUACACAGACAUCAGCAUGCCAGCAGAGCAUCAUCUUAGGGGCUCCUCUGCCAGCCGCCCUGCCUCUGCUCUCCAGAGGGUCUCAAACAUGGACUCAUCUAAGGCCAUGGCCAUAUCAGUGUCCCGUAGGAGCAGUGAGGAGAUGAAGAGGGACAUCUCUGCCCCUGAGGGUGGCACCUCGUCCUCUCUGAUGGCCAUGGGCUCUGCUUCCUCCCUGUCCUCCUCCCCCACCGCCUCUGUCACCCCCACUGCACGCAGCCGCCUCCGAGAGGAGCGGAAGGACCCACUCUCAGCGCUGGCCCGGGAGUAUGGGGGUUCCAAGAGGAACGCACUGCUCAAGUGGUGCCAGAAGAAGACUGAGGGCUACCAGAACAUCGACAUAACAAACUUCAGCAGCAGCUGGAACGACGGCCUUGCGUUCUGUGCUAUGCUCCACACCUACCUGCCUGCUCACAUCCCCUACCAGGAGCUCACGAGCCAGGACAAGAGGCGAAAUUUCACACUAGCCUUCCAGGCUGCAGAGAGUGUGGGGAUCAAGUCCACUCUGGACCUCAAUGAGAUGGCCAGUACUGAGAGACCAGACUGGCAGAGUGUGAUGACCUACGUCACGGCCAUCUACAAGUACUUUGAGACCUGAUGUGAUCUCACCACCCAACACUGCAAGCACAACCUGCAGCCUUGCUCGGAAGCUCCUCUGACCUCACUGCACCUCCAACACUUCAACUCGACAUUCAACUCCGGUGUUAUAGCUCACUUCACUGAACCACCCUUCAUCCCAGCCGUGGCACAUGCCAGCCACUCUGUCUCUGGUUUAGAGGCCUGCUAGUUUUGAAUCGCUAUAAGAAACAUACAAAUAAGCUCACUGCAAGCUAUUCAUAAUAUUGCUAUUGUGAACAGUCUUGCCCUUUUCACUGACACCUUAAGUGUGAUGGACACACAGCUUAAGGGCACUUCAAGCACCUAUUCAGGGCCUGCUCUGUUGGAUUCUAUUUUUACUCUGAUCCAUUACUGCAUAACCCGGUUGAGAUGACCCUUAAUCCAAAUGAUCUGGUUAAACCAGUUUGAGAACAGGCUACAGACUAUCCCAGCCUUUGUGCCUUGCAUCCAGCCUUUACUCUUCUAACCAAGGGGUUAUCCAAAAUGUUUUAGCCAAACCAUACCCAUUGUGUGUAGUAUGUUCAUGGCACUUAUUUUCUAUGGAAAUAAGAGAGCCAAAUGGAACACUUUGUCAGGUGCAGGUUCAUCUUUUAUCAUGGAUUAAGUGCCUGUUUAAAUCACAUCACUGACUUCCUAAGAGAGAAGGUUGUAGCAAAAAUGUCUCAAUGAAACUGUUUCAAUGCUACAUGCUUUCAAAGCAUCUUUGGAGAAAUUGAAGUGAAGCUUUUUAGAAACACUAGUUAUUCAGCAGUUAUAUGAAAAACACUAGCUACAUCAUAAGGGAUAAAGCUGUCAGGUGCUCUCACGAUCACCUGUUAGAUUCAAGCUACAAUGUUGAUGUGCUUUUGGUCUGUUUUUAGGAGCGUGAACAUUGCUACAGUAGCAUUUUGUAUUGGUAACAGAGACCAAUGAACUAUACAGGACCAACACAAUGCCUCUCCGUGACAGCUUUCUCACAUAGAACUGUCUUAAUCCUGAACCAAAAAAGGAAUGUGUUUUUUCUCUGUGGGAAGUCCAGGGCUAGACUUGCCAAAAGCCCUGCUUCUUGGUGAUUUGAUUGGACUGUAUGGCCAGGAUGUUGAGUCUCAAGGUUGAACAUUCUUCAUAAGUCACUUUUGUUGUGGUCAUCAAUCAAGAUUGGGAAUGUUUUUCAACUGCAAAAUGCAUCGGUUUUGCUGCUGCAACCAACUGUAUUAACAUAUUGUUAGUGUUGACACAUUACUUCCACCAACGGCAGACUGAUUUGCAUUCCAUACAUUGAACUCCCAGGAUUGUUCACAGUCCAGUGCUCUUGACCUAUACGAUUGAUGUGUUAUUAGAUACUCUGAGCUCAACUCACAAAGGCUUUAACUGAUCUUGUGUGUGUGUAAACAAACUUUUUGUAAGUUGAUAUAUUCCAUCUUGCCAGUAACAUAUACCUAGCCUACAAAGAAAUUUGCACAGAAAAUUAUAACUACAAGAAAUGCUUAAGUAACACCUAUGUAAAUUAUAUAUCUGAGCUAUCGUCACCCAAUUUACUUCAUUGAUAUAAAGCCUUACUAACACUAACAUUAAUGUGGAACUCAAUUGUACGUAGUUUACAUAGUCGGCAAGAAAGAUAUUGGAAUGAAGAAUGACUCAUGUUAUUGUGCCUCUGCUUAUUACAGUUUCUGUGGGUUUAUUAGUGUGGUUUAAUCCACCAUUCAGUAUAGCGAGGCAAGUAUUAUAAAUGUUAAAGUAUACUAUAGAUAUACAAAGGUAUGUGGAUACCCCUUCAAAUGAGUGGAUUCGGCUAUUCCGGCCACACCCGUUGCUGGCAGGUGUGUAGAAUCGAGCACACAGCCAUGCAAUCUCCAUAGACAAACAUUGGCAGGAGAAUGGCCUUGCUAAAGAGCUCAGUGACUUUCAACCUGGCACCGUCAUAGGAUGCCACCUUUCCAACAAGUCAGUUUGUCAAAUUUCUGCCCUGCUAUAACUGUACCGGUCAACUUUAAAUGUUGUUAUUGUGAAGUGGAAAUGUCUAUGAGCAACAACAGCUCAGCCGCAAAGUGGUAUGCCACACAUGCUCACAGAACGGGACCGCUAAGUGCUGAAGCUUCGUAUCACGUAACAAUCGUCUGUCCUCGGUUGCAACACUCACUACCGACUUCCAAAUUGCAUCUGGAAGCAAUGUCACCACAAGAACUGUUCAUCGGGAGCUUCAUGAAAUAGAUUUCCAAAGCCGAGCAGCCACACACAAGCCUAAGAUCACCAUGCGCAAUGGCAAGCGUUGGCUGGAGUGGUGUAAAGCUUGUCGCCAUUGGACUCUGGAGCAGUGGAAACGCGUUCUCUGGAGUGAUGAAUCACACUUCACCAUCUGGCAGUGCGACAGACGAAUGUGGGGUUGGCAGCUGCCAGGAUAACGCUACCUGCCCGAAUGCAUAGUGCCAACUGUAAAUUUGGAGGAGGAAUAAAGAUCUGGGUCUGUUUUUCAUGGUUCAGGCUACUUCCAGUGAAGGGAAAUCUUAACACUACAGCAUACUGACAUUUUAGACAAUUCUGUGCUUCUAACUUUGUGGCAAAAGUUUGGGGAAGGCCGUUUCCUGUUUCGGCAUGAUGCCCCCGUGCACAAAGUGAGGUCCAUAUAGAAAUGGUUUGCACAGAGCCCUGACCUCAACUUCAUUAAACACCUUUGGGAUGAAUUGGAAUGCCGACUGCAAGCCAGACCCAAUCACUCAACAUCAGUGCCCGACCUCACUAAUGCUUUUGUGGCUGAAUGGAAGCAAGUUCCUGCAGCAAUGUUCCAACAUCUAGUGGAAAGCCUUCCCAAAAGAGUGGAGGCUGUUAUAGCAGCAAAGGGGGACCAACUCCAUAUUAUUGUCCAUGAUUUUGUAAUGAGAUGUUCGAUGAGCAGGUGUCCACAUACUUUUUGGUUAUGUAGUGUAUGUGACAAGUCUAUGACUUCAUCACACUGCUGCACUGAUAUCUCUCAUAAGCUCAUAACAUAAGCUGGCUUGUUGCCUUUCGUUUGUUUCCAACCACACUACUGUAUAAUUUCAGAAUGGUACAGGAAGCUGUGGAUACUCCCUCGUUGCCGUACCACCUUAGUUUAGGCCCCCAUACAUCUACGAUCUAACACACUUGCAUGUGGCGAUGAAACUUUUGAGGGACUAUAUAUAUAUUUUUAUAUAUUUGAAAGCACAUUGACUCCUGUCUGCUUGCCAGGCACUGCAUGGUGAUUGAGGCACUCACUGACCAAGCACAAUUAGAAGCAUGAGUGGUAGUUUUAUUUUUGUCGAUCAGUGUGGUUGGAGAGUAAGACUGUGGUUAAAAGUUGUAUGGAUGAACACUAUUUUGUGAGAGCAUGAGCUGUGAUUUUAUAUGUACAGUAUUUACUGUUGAACAUUGCAUAGUAUGUUACCUCUAAAUGUCAUGUAUUUAUAUUUCCCAUUGCCAUACUGCAAACCUGUGGCUAAAAUCUGAUUUGCAUUGGAUCCAAACAGUAGUUGGUUUGCUAUGAUUCUAUUAUGUGAAGCUCCUCUGCUACUUCUUGCCAUGUACACAAUGUAAUAAUAAUUGGGUGGAUGUGCUUACAUUUGUCCUAUUUCACACAUGUACACGUGUGUAUUAUACGCAUGUGAAUUUGAAAUGUUUUUUGCAUAUCCCUAAGACACUCUUGGAAUGUCUCUUGAUCAUGUUCCAAUGUAUAUUGAUAAGUGGUACAGUGCCAUCAAAGUAUUCCUACCCCUUGACUUAUACCACUUUUUGUUGGUUCAGCCAUGAAUUCCAAAUAGAUUAACUACAUUUUUUUGAUCUCAUCUACUACACACAAUAUCCCAUAAUGACAACGUGAAUGCAUGUUUUUAGAGAUUUUUGCAAAUUUAUUAAAUUAAAUACUGAAAUAUCUAACAUAAGUGUUCACACCCCUGAGUCAUUACUUUGUAGAAGCACCUUUGUUAGCAAUUACAGCUGUGCGUCUUUCUGGGUAAGUCUCUAAUAGCUUUCCACACCUGGAUUGUGCAACAUUUGCCCAUUUUAUUAUUUUCUAAAUUCUUCAAGCAAUUCUGUCAAAUUGGUUGUUGAUCAUUGCUAGGGAACCCUUUUCAGGUAUUGCUGUAGAUUUAAGUCAAUUAACUCAGCCACUCAGGAACAUUCACUGUCUUCUUGGUAAGCAACUCCAGUGUAUAUUUGGCCUUGUUUUAGGUUAUUGUCCUGCUGAAAGGUGAAUUAAUCUCAGUGUCUGGUGGAAAUCAGUUUUUCCUCUAGGAUUUUUCCUGUGCUUAGCUCAAUUCUGUUUCUGUUUCUUUGUUACCCUGAAAAACUCCCCAGUCCCUAACGAUUACAAGCAUACCCAUAACAUGUUGCAGCAACUACUAUGCUUGAAAAUAUGAAGUGGUACUCGGUAAUUUGUUGUAUUUGAUUUACCCCAAAUGUAACACUUUCUUCAGGGGAAAAAAGUGAUUUUUUUUGCAAUAUUACUUUAGUGCCUUGUUGCAAACAGGAUGUAUGUUUUUGAAUGUUGUAUUCUGUACAGGCUUCCUUCUUUUCACUCUGUCAAUUAGGUUAGUAUUGUGUAGUAACUACAAUGUUGAACCAAUCUCAGUUUUCUCUUAUCACAGCCAAUAAACUCGAUGCAACUUAUUAUGUGAGUUGUUAAGCACA